UCUGAAAGGGGAAACACAUAUUACCCCCGUUCCCUUUAGCGGAUGCCCUGGAUGACGCUAACGUGGCAGAUGAGAUAAGAUAAUGUUCACGACAUUCCAGCGCAUCCUCACGCCGGGUGCCAUCGCGGAAGACCCGGCGGCUGUGAAGUGCAGAGGCGAUGAUGAUGCGGAGGCGGGGACGGGAAAGGCGGCGCGGAAGAGGAGAGCGCAUCGGAAGUCGAGGGGGGGCUGUGGGGAGUGUAGGCGGAGGAGGGUUAAGUGCGAUGAACGGCGGCCGGAGUGCGGGCAGUGUGCGUACUAUGGGCGGAAGGGAUGUGCGUAUGGCGAUGAUUCUCCGGGUGAUGAGGUUUCUGCGCUGCUGAACGAGAUACCAUCGAAAGAGAUAUAUUCCGGGAUCAAAGAUACACGGGAACUCAUCGCUCAUUUCUUCGAAACUACCCAUCCGCUCUGGAUAGGUACUGCUGACUGCCAGAGUAUUCUGCAGGAGAAUAUCCCUCGAUUAGCUCCUGGAUCGCCGUUCCUGUCGCAUGCGGUGCUCGCGUUCUCUGCGUACCACAUCGCGGUUGUCUACUCGGACCGGAAGCGUGAGAUGGCGGGCGCGUGGCAUUACAGUCUCGCGCUGCAGACGUACCGGGAAGCCAUCGACGAUGCGCGCGUAUCCGCGGACGCUCUCUUCGCGUGCUGCAUGCUCCUCACGAUGCUCGCGUUCAAGAAUCUCUCCAACGAGCCGUACGAUGAUGGCCUUUCAGCCACUAUGAAAGACCCUGCGCUCGACACCGUGGGCAUCCGAUUCAUCGGAGGACCUCGCUUGCUCUCGGAAGCAUUCGCACGCACCUCGAUGCUCGACCAGAUCCUCUGGAGACCGCUGAUCCGCCACUGCGAGGACCAACCCGCUGCAAAUAACGACGCCCUCGCAGGAAUCCCUCUCGCAGCUCGCUCGAUGGCCGGCCUCGAAGCCCUCUGUCGCAGUGAAGAACCCACAGACUGUCCAUUCGCCACGGCGCUCGACUCCCUGCGUCUCCUCAUGCAAUGCUACGUCUCCGACAGGCCCGCGAUGGUCGAGCACACAUUCGGCUUCGCGAUCAAGCUCGACGCGCGAUUCCUCCGCUUCGUCGAGGAGGGGAGCCCAAGGGCGCUGCUCGUGCUAUGCUAUUGGUAUGCGUUCGUGGCGCAGGUGGAGCAGUGGUGGGCUUGCGAUACUGCGAGGUUUGAGGGGGUGAGGCUGUUACGUCGUUUGAGAGAGGACGCAGUAGAUGGGGAUGUUCGGGCGCUGCUGGAGUUCCCUGGUGAGUUGCUGAUGGGUACGCAGGCGUUGGGAAUGUGAAGAUGGAACGACUCUUAUCUAUACACUCGACUACGGUACAGUCUAUUCACUCUGCGCUGGUUCCACAAAGA